UUUGUAGUAUCUCAAGGAUCAAUCUAUGAACUGGUUUUCUGCGUGUUUGUAUUGGGAAUUUAAUCCAAACUCUAGUUUAAUUUCAAUCAUUGAAAUGUGUUCCAUUAUUGGGAGCUAUCAGAUUUUUUGUUUUGCUCCUGGGGAGAUUUUACUCAGCAGCAGUGAUGGGAAGUAACGCAACUGUGUAGAUUUUUCAGUACUUAAGUAUUCGUUUUUCAGACGACUUUUUCAUUUUACUCCGUACAUCUGUUUUCAGAUGUAGGGAGUUGCGUUCUACUCAUUACUUUGCCAAAUUAUGAAUAUUACUUUUUCCAACCCGAUGAUGACACUUAGUAAAAAAAGAAGUGAACAGAAAGAAGUGAAGGCAACCUGGGUUGAUUGUGAUUUUGGUUCGUCACUGGUUGUUUGUUUCUAUCUGCCUUGCGAUUGGCUGGCGACCAGUUCAGGGUGUACCCCGCCUCUCGCCCAGAGGCAGCGGGGAUUGGCUCCAGCAUGCCCGCGACCCCAGGGAGGGGAAGAAGCAGUACAGAAGAUGAAUGAACGAUGGUGUAGUGGUACAUUCGCCUGACUUCGGUGCAGGCGGCAUGGGUUCAGGCAGGGCCGGCCCGAGCCAAUGUGAUUUCUUACAGCCCCCGCCCCCUCCACAACGAUUUAAAUAAGCUUACAAAAAAGUCAAACACCAAUAGGUUUUUUUAAACAUUGGCUUAAAUUCAAAAGAUAACAUGCCACACAAUUUAAAAUAUAAAAUAGAACAUUUUCUUCAUUUCAUUUCUGUAUCGUUACUGCCAUACAUAUAAUGCGAGUCAACUUGCUGUUACAACUAGGGCUGCAGGAUAUUGGGGGGCAAAAACGACAGUGCGAUUUUGUUGUUGUUGUUUUUUGUUUUAAACCUGCGAUAUAUAUAUAUUGUGAUGGGAAAUAAUACAAGAUCAGUGCUGGGAAAUGUUCUACAUUUUCUACACAAACUAGACCAAAGUUCAGUUCAUCGUUCCAAAAAUGAACUAGUUCAGGUCAUAGUUCUUAAUUCAAAAUUUUGAACUCGGUUGAACCGUCCAAAAACUAACUAAACUGAACAAAAAUAAUAAAAUUUACAUUUUUUAAAAAAUAUAAACACUUUUGUUUUUACUCCCAUUUUUCGUGAGCUGUUGGCCUCGUGUACAAAGACUUGCGUGGAUUUCCUACUGAAACAUGGCGUACGCUCAAAUCCAGAAAACGUCGUACACACAAAAAUAUUCAGAUGUAUGAAACUCUGCGUACUCAUGAAUCCAAGCACAUUUCCUUUGUGCAUUCCAAUCAACGUGGAAAUGAGCGCACAUGUUGGAGUAGCCGACUCCUCCUUGUCCACGCCCAUGUUUAAAUAUGCAAAUGAUAUUUAAAUGAACCCUGUACCUAAGAUCCCGAUCUCUGCAUGAUCAGGAAAAAAGGACGAUGGGCAAGGCAAUUAAAAAAAAUAAAAUAUUUUUUCUGAAUGUGAAGUUGCUCAAUGAAGUGGAGGUGCGCAAGAAAAUCCUCUUUGCCACGCUGUGCUCUGGCGUUAACAACUCGCGAAAGAGGAGUGACUGGGACAGCGCGUGUGCGGCUGUCAAUGCUGUGGAGACAGAACAGCGCGCACACUUAAAACUAAAAAGGAAGUGGUCAGACAUUAAGGUGGAUGGGAAGCGGAGGACAGCUGCCCACCGCCAAAUUGUGGCCGAAAAAUGGCGGAAGAACCGGCGCGGAGGGCCUCACGCCGUUCGAGGAGAGAAUCUCUGCGAUCAUGGGUGACCCUAAUCUUUCUGGUGGUGGGAGCACGUGGCAGACUCUGAUUACUCCCAAGCCCGAGUGAGGCAGAGCUGGUGGCUGUGGUGAUGGUGUUGGACACAGGUGUGGUCUUCAUGGAUCAUGUCAAGGGUGACCACUCUGAAGGCAGUAGCGACCUCUUGGACCUGAACAACUCCAAAGCUGCCAAAACCAGCAGCAACACUAAAACCAUGCUGAGACCUCAGGCUGGAAGGAGCAAUGUUUCCAAGCAGAAGAAAGCCCCCCCAAACGGGUUCUUGGCUCAGAAAGACACUGACCAUGUGGUAGAGAGCAAAUUAGUGUCACAAGCCAGACCUCCACUCCGUCACCCUCUCAGCCUAGACAUGACAUCUCAGUGCCUGCAAAGGUCUCAGGAGCAGAUGGCAGACAGGCGGCUUAUGCAACCACCUUGGCGCAGCGGUUCAGCUGCCCCGUCGCCGCCUGCGCGCAGCCUGACUAGCCUCAGCCUGGGUGCUGGUGGUUGGAUGCGCCGCAGUGAGAGCACAUGUUCAGUCAACCAAUCCCUGGGGCUGCGUGCUAAAAAGGGGACAUUGCGACCAGCCACGUCUCUACCACACAUCGCUAAAGCUGUGAGAAGCAGCACACUGUCCCCAUCCACCAGGCCGUGUCUGCUUAUUGCUCUCAGGCCUCUGAACCUUGAGCAGGAGAAGCAAAAGUUCUUCCAGUGUGACUACAAGUAUGAACCCCAAUUCGAGUAUGCUCAGCCGGAACCGAAGUCUGUGCUAGACAAAUACAGCGAGGGCUCCGGCCUCUUUCUCGAGCAGGCUGUUGGAAUCAUGGAGUGCGUCCUGAAGAAGUUUGGCUCCUAUGAGAAUUUUGAGGAGGUCACAGGUGGCACUGUGCUUCCCAAGAGUCAGGUGUGGGCCACCGUGCGGAAAUAUUUGCAAAAGGAAGGCUGUGUGGGUGAGGUUGUGGUGCGUCUCUCUGACGAGCUGCUAUCUCAGGCAGUCAUGAUGGUGGAGAGCUGUCGUCCCACUCUGACCAUCAACCUGGCCGGAGCCCGUCAGCACUGGCUGGAGGGGAUGCUGAGACACGAAAUAGGCACACAUUAUCUGCGAGGGGUCAACAAUAGUUUUCAGCCAUGGGCCACGGCAGAGGGCAGGAAGCAGUUUGGCCUCAAGCCUGCUAACCCCACUGAGGAGGGGCUGGCCAGCCUGCACAGCGUGUUGCUACGGAAGCAGCCAUACCUGUGGCGCGCAGCUCUUCUCUACUAUACGGUUUUCCAUGCCGGCAGCAUGAGCUUCAGCCAGCUCUUCGGUCACGUUGCUCGCUUUGUUCAGCAUCCGGACGUCCGCUGGGAAUACUGCCUGCGUGCCAAAAGGGGACAGACGGACACUUCGCAACCUGGCUGCUUCAGUAAAGACCAAGUUUAUUUAGACGGGAUCCUGCGGAUACUUCGGCAUCGAAGGAACAUUGACUUCAAGAUGUUGACUUCGUUAGGAAAGGUGUCCUAUGAAGAUGUGGAGAAGCUGCGGCACUUGACAGUCAUCCACAACGCCAGAGUUCCGCAUUUCAUGCGAGACCAGGAUCGGUACCUUCAACAUCUGGAGCACAUCGUCGCUGUGAACAAAGUUGACGAUUUAACGUUGCAGCAACUGCUUCCAUAACCUCGUUGCACCACCUGAAGCCGCUCGGAGGCCUCGUGCGGUGGCCUGAAUAGCACUUCAUGAUCCAGUAUUAAAAAUGCUCUGAGCAUGUUUUAUUUAUUUAUUUUUCAAACUUGAAUAGUACAAACAAAAAGGGGAUGUACACACUAGCACGUGUAGCUUAUUCUCACUUUUUGUCUAAUGCAUGUUUGUAAGGCUUUUACACACAGCCAAGUGUACUUUCAAGAGCUCUCUCACUCACCUUCACUCCCUCUUGCCAAGGUGUUACCUCAAUAUAUACCAUAACCAACAUAUAAAUGUAGAAUAAUUAUUGUUGAAACCAAUGCCUGUACAAGACAAAUUGCUGCAAAUUGAUUUAAAGAAUCACAUGUAUUCAUACAAUUGUUUUUGAGGACUCAAACUGAAUGUUACUGCCAUUAGCUUUAAACAUUAUUUUUCAGAAUUUUUUUUUUUUUUUUUUUUAUUUUGCCUCAGAGCAUCUUUGUAAUCUAAAUGGACAUCACUUUGAAAUCCUUGGGAGGCCAUGAAUCUUAUAAAAUCAAGUGCCAGUGGCCUCGGGGAGGAUUUAUAGUGUCAGUGUUAUUUAGAGGAUACUUUGUCUCAGCGUUGGUUUUGGUGUUCUUAUCAAUAAGCUACUGUGAUGUGAUCCUAGCUACACAACAACACAACAUCAAGCUCAAAGUUCAACCUUCUAAGAAAACUGUAGGUGAGAGGCAUGGUGCCGUUUUUACACAGUGAGAUCAACAACAAGGAAAGGAAAAUGCCGUUAAAGGGUUGUACAAACACAUUUUGAAAGGAAUGCAUAUGUUAGUACUGUGCAGGGUGCAGCCUCUUCUGUCAGCAGAUGGACCCCAAGCUUUUUUAAUGCCCAUUUUAAUAAGUUCUUGUCUUUAUUACACCACACUAUUUGAGAAUUCAUUUCAAACAAUUAUUUAUUCCAAAUCAUUUUGAUGUGUCCAAACUGGAGUAAAGAGAAAAAUUAUAGACUUUGGGGUCUAUAAAAUAAUAAUAAUAAAAAGACACUUUGUUAUGGUGCAUAAAAUAAAUUGUAGGAUUAUAGAUUUGUGGCAAAAAAAUGUUCAACUAAAUUACACUUCACAACUGUAGACUGGGGUUCAGUGCAAUAGAUAAUACAGAACUCAAUUUGCUAUGUUACGCAACCAGGGGUGGCUGGGAGUAUUGAUUAUUCAAAGAGCCCAUGUCUGACAGGGACGUGAUUUUCAAUCAUGACACAGAAGUGAUAAUUUUUUCAUUGGGGCCCCAAAUCUCUGGCAGCUCUACCAGUACCCAACAAGAUGGACAGGAACGAUCCCACUGCUAUCUUAACACUUGAGACACAAGCAGUGCAUCCAUGCGCUCAGCUACCUUUUAGCAAAACACCAUGAUCUCAAACCAGCACUUUCACAGUAGUGUUUUUUUGUUUUUUAAUCAGCAGCUAUUGAUCCGUCAUUACUGGCUGAGUGAGAAGGGGGCUAUUGUUUUUCGUGCCUUUGGUGGAUAUCUGCUCGAGCUUGUCAUAUGUUUUCCACUGCUUUCUACUGUUACUGACACUACAUUUCAUAUAACUGUCUGGUCAAUUCAUUUUGAUUCAAACAAUCCCUGGACAGUCUGGCAAGUAAACCAGGACACUACAAACAGGUUGGGGAUGGUAUCGGUCAGGCCUGCUCGACAGUAAACCAGCCAUUUAACUUCCAUGUGUUUGGCAAACAGAUUUGACAUUGUGCCUCCCCACCCAAAGAAAAGAAAAAGGGGAAAAAAAUCGACCUCCAGUCUCACCAACUCACUGGAGAACAUGAACUUGAAUUUACAAUUUAUUUAUUAAAAAAUAAAAAGAAUUUCUCUGGCCUAUUUUUUUAACCCCUAAAUGAACACGCUGGUGUUGUAUUUUUUCUUUAAAAAACAUAGUCAACACUUACAUCCCAGCCAGAUUUGAAAACUUGGGCCCUUUUAUGUAAUGUUUACAUCUACGCCUUGAGCUUUGCAUGGGUUCACUCCAGCUCCUUCAACAAUCAUUCAUCUUAGACUCAAACAGGUGUCCAAAGUCCAACCUGUAACUACUUUUCAUUACUCCAUGGCAGUCUAGAAAUAAAAUUAAACAUGGCAUGCAUCAGGGCAUUACAAUAAAGGAUUAAAGAGACAGAAACUUUUAUUACUGGAAAAGGUUGAAAUGUUAAAACACCUGCUUAAAUUGUCUAUAGGCAUUAAUGUGUCAGUCAUGUGACUUGAGGAAAGCCUGGUGCUUGUUAAUUGUAACUCACCUGGCAAUAAAUUGUCCUGCAUAAAUGUUUUG